AAGUUAAAAAUGUGUACUAGUUUUCCUGUUUUAGCUAAAACGUUUAUUUUAGAUUUUUGAUAGUAAUUUUCCUCAACGUACAGGAGGCUUUGUUCUACAGAAACUAUAAAUAUUGGGUGUGGUCUGGCUCCAUUUGGCAGUAACAAGAGAAAAGGGAAAGAUUAACACAGGAAACACUGAUAACAACAGAAGGGUUGUAAACUGCAAUAAUACACCCUUAAAAUUUAAACUAGUGGAGGAAUCCAUGAGGAGAAAAAAUGAGAUAUGUUAUUAUAGUAUCUUCCUCCUCUUAUUCCUGCCUGCUUCGAAAAGCUCAGAGACAGAGGAAAGUGAAAAAUGUGCCCUGGAAGAAAUGAAGGUAGUGUGUGGAGAGGAAGGAGGUACGCCCAACCCAUUUUGUGAACAGAGAAUGUCGCGCUACUGUAGUUCCACUCGUAGCAUACAGAAAAGAACCGCUCCCAAGAAGUGCUACAAUACCCUGUCUGAAGAGGAAGAUGUAAACACGUGUGAACUAAGGCUUAUUGGACCCUCAGAUCCUCGGUGCGGCAAAAUCAAGCCACGCCACAUUGCCAAGGAGUCUCUGGUCCAGCUGCGUGCAUACUACCACUACACACAGGGGGUGUGGGAGGAUGAGGGGUUGGUCAACCUCACCUUCCCUAACCCAAAAUGGCAACAGCUUGAGUUCCAGUCGUCGGAUAUGAACCACAAUGUCAAAUGCUUCAACUUUACCCUGCAUCAUGCCAUCAACACCACUCUCAUGUUUGACUGUCGCUUCCGCACCAAGAUGACACCAUCCAAGUCCACCAAGCUCACCGUUCAGACCGACAGUGGUUACGGCGCCACCUACCUCUACCAGAUUCCUCCCGGCAACCACAUCAAUCCACAGAAAACGUGUCCGAGUGAUUGGCACACUUUUUUCUACAUCCAACUGGAUGCCAUCCGACAGUUCCAGCCCUUGCCGGUCACUGUGCAGUCUGCACCCUUUGGCGUGGUGGACUACAAGGUGUCGCUGGGAAGGUGCCCUGUCCCAGAGGAUGAGAAGUGCACCAAGUUUGUUGAGGUGAAUCAUGUCAUUGUGACAAAGAACACAAGUGAUGAUCUGUGGUCUGUUGAGCUGACUCCUGUGAGCAAGGUUGGGAACUACACAGUGAGGGUACAGAUUGUCUCAGAUUGGUGCCCCAUGACCAACGGCACCAAGGGUUGCUAUAUCGCAGUGUCACCAAAAUUCUACAUUCCGACCAGUCUGAUGGGGUACAUUCUGCUUCUGGUCAUCUUAUGCAUCAUCCUAUUCAUUAUCUGUGUUUUCCUGAUGAUAUGGAACCGGCGCAGAGUGAACAGAGAAUUCUUUGAGAGCCUGGCCACCAAGCAGACCACCACCCUCCUGGUGUACCACCCUGAGAGCCAUGCUGCCCUCGAGUUUGUCAAGAAGCUCGCCGAGUUUUUGCGUAACUUGUGCAGCGUCACCCCCCUCAUGAUGGACAGUGAGGUGGUCUUGGAGAACCCAACCAGAUGGAUGAAGACAUCCAUGAAGACAGCCAAUCGCGUGCUGUUCAUCGUGCCCCGGGAUGCCAAGGUGGCCAAGCUACUCAUCCUUCACACUCCAGUGGAAGGUGGCGAUGGGCGAGUGCUCUGGCUCAGACUUCAUCGCCGACCCAGAGCGUGUGAGGUGUCUGGCCAAGCUGGUGCAUCCCAAGAGUGGUGACGUGCCCUGUGAGAUCAGCAGCAUUCAGCGGUUUGACCUUAGCCACAGCCCAACAGCCCUGGCCAACUGGCUGCACGGCGGCACCUACCUCGACCAGUUCUUCAUCUGGUGGCCCUACUUCAGGUCGGCUAUCUGCAAGAGUGCCACGCCGAGUUGGGCCGAUGUACGUCUGGCAGCACAGGAGAUAGGACUGCCAUCCAGAGAGACAACGGAAGAGAACUCCAGUUCCUCUUCAGCUCUGUUUUCAGUUAGCAUUGACAUGGAGUUGGGCACAAUAGGUGGUGAUAGUGAGGCUGGUGGUGAUGACGGCAAGGUUGGUGGUAAUGAUGAUGAUGAAGUUGAUAAGGUUUUUGUUGAUGAUAAUGAUGAUGAUGAAUUUUUUGAUCCAGAAAUUCCUAAUGUUGAUGGUAAGCUGUGUGACCUGCACCCAGUGAGUGAGCCUUCUCUUGAGAACUCGGAUGAUGAAGAUCUCAAGUUGUUUGAGCCUGGAGAUGAUGGCUAGUCCUCUCAAAGACUUGGUUCUCUCUUUAGGAUUGUUUUCAGGGCUACAGUCAAAACUUGCCAGGUUUUCAACAAACCUUGCUAAACUAUCCCUAGAAUUAGGAAAACACUCUUGAAAAUCCCAAUAAGUCCUCUCAAACACUUGGUUCUCUCUUCAGGAUUGUUUUCAGGGCUACAGUCAUAACUUGCCAGGUUUUUAACAAACCUUGCUAAACUGUCCCUAGAAUUAGGAAAACACUCUUGAAAA